AUGGAGGACGACGAGGCCGACACGAGGGCGUUCUGGGACUUGAUGCAACGCACGACGGGCGCCCGCUCUGCGUCCUGGGACACUUUUUCGGCUACAUUUGAGACUUACUUGCGGAGAUACUACGCGGCGGAGAUGUCGCAGCUGCCCAGGGCCACCCGGGCGGAGGCGGAGAUGGUCCUGAGGUACGCGUUCGACAGGGGGAGCCCCGCGCGGGCGGCUGCGGGAGAGCGCGUAGCGCCCAAGCACCUGGCGCUGUUCCUGACCAGAUUCGGCCCCAUGAGGUCUUGCCUUAUCAAGGCUGCAAGAUCACUUUUUGACGAAUCCGGCUGCCUGGUGCCUUGGUUCCAUGGCAAGUUGUCGCGAGACGAGGCUCGGCGUGCUAUCGAGGAGUGGGAGGCGUCUCGCGGCAACGGGCGGGAACAACGGGGCGUGUUCCUCUUCCGCUACAGCGACUGGCAUUCGACCAUCUGCUUCUCCUUCCGGCGGAAGAGGGGCGAGAGGAGGCUGGUGACCUGCCUCAUCAACAACGAGGGCAGUAGGGGUUACACGCUUCCCGACACGAGCGGCGACGGCUGCUGGCGAGACCUCCGGGAGUUCGUGGCGGAGCAGAGGAGAGGAGACUUCCAGCAACCGGUGCCGUCGGCGCUGCACCGGGAGUGCGUGGAGGAGAUUGAGGCACGACGGCGAGCUGAGCAGUUCGUACCAACGCCGGAGAACCAAAUCGCCUACGCUCGACAACUGUUCGGAGAAGCGCAGACGAUGGUGUACAGCAGAGACAUGAAGGCGGGGUUCGAGGCCACGAGGAUACUGCAGGAGGCCUUAGGCUUGGUCGAGAAGGUGGAGCAUAUAUUGCUAGAGCUGGAGCAGGGCCAGGGGGAUCCCCAGCUGCAGGCAAAGGCGCUAAGGCUGGGGGGGGAUAUCCUGUGGAAGCUGCACCGGGAGGAAAAGGGGGUGGCGAGCUACCUGCGGUGCCUGAACGUUGUGUCGGAAGCGGAAAAAGUCCAGGGCGCGAGUGACCAUGGCAGCCCUGUGGUGACCAUCAGCGUGCUUAGCCACGUCCAUCAGUUACUGGCCGAGUACUUUCUUUCGAGGGGGUCGCCGGGGAGGGGUCUGGACCACUUUAGCGAACUGGUCGCCUGUACAACGGACGAGGAUGCGCGACGGCAGCUGGUGGACGACUUUCGAAGAAACGAUGGCUUUCAGAGAGCGACGGCGGGCCUCACCCAGUCGAGUGUUCAGGAAAUACUAGACGAGGGCAUCUCGUAUUUCCGAUGUCAAGACUACGGGCCUGCCGGCGUUAGGUUCGAGAAGGUGCUGCGCGACGCCAGGUGUAUCGGGGAGGGGAGGAUGGAGGCACGAGCGCUGGGGAACUUGGCAACGGUGGAUUACAAGACGCACCGCAUUCCGGCGGCGAUCCGAAGGUACCGAACGUGCGUGCAGCUGCUGAGACAGCAGGGGAACCAGGCCACAGAACGGAAGAUCCUGAACUACUUGGUGAUGUGCUGCAUCGAGGCGCAGAGGUGGGCGCCCGCGAAGCUUUUUCACGAGCAGCUGUCGAAGCUGGCGGAGAGCGAGCAAAAUGUCCAGCUCCUGGGGCGGCUGCAGGAAAGAAUAGAGGAGGGGAUGGCUUUGCAGGCACGGCAAGAAGGGGAUGCUGCUCCGGCUAGUAGCGGCGGGGGCGGCGGCGGCGGUGGCGGGAGCGGGAACGGUAGCGGGUUCCCCUUGCGGCGAAGAGGGACCACACCGACAGGUGGCGGGCCGGGCGGUGGCGGCGGCGGCGGCGGCGGCGGCAUGUAUUCACCCUCGCGGCUCCAAGGGUCCGCGCCGGUUAGCAGCGGCAGUGGUGACGGUCACGGCGUCGGUAGUGUGCACAUGCCCUCGCAGCAAGGCGAGACGACACCGACGAGAGACGGCGGCGGUGGCGGCAGCAGCGGGAUGUACUUUCAAGGGGGGGCUGCACCGGCUAGCGGGGUUUGCGGCGGUGACAGCGAUGAUCUGUACUUACCCUUCCAGCUAGGAAGGAUCACACCGCCUAACUCCGGUAGCGGUCGCGGCGGCAACGUGUACUCACACUCGCGGUUACCAGGGGCCUCGCCGGUUAGCGAUGGUAGAAGUGCGCACUUCAUGCACCAAGGGAGCACACCACCUGGCGGCGGCGGCCGCGGCGGCGGUGGGUACUCACCCUCGCAGCAAGGAGCGACCACACGGACUAGCGGCGGCAACAGUGGUCCCGGCGGCGUGCACUUGCCCUCGCGGAUUCCUGGGGCAGCACCGACUAGCAGCGGUAGCGGUGAAGCGAGCGGUGUCGAUGUUUCGCACUUACCCUUGCAGCAAGUAAGGAUCACAUCGCCGCGCGCCAGCAACAGCGGUGGCAGCGACAUGCACUUACCCUCGCCGUUACAAGGAGCGCCGGCUAGCGCCGGUAGCGGUGACGCGAGUGGCGUCGAUGGUCUGUACUCAACACCGCGGCAUGACGUGGCGGCACUGGGUAGAAGCCCGGGCGGCGUUGUUGGUUUACAUGCCUAUACUCAGCAAGCACCCAUGACAGGCAGCGGUGUUGGUUUCCCCGGGCAGCAAUGGGGAGCCCCGCCAGCAAGACGUGGCGGCCACGACGGCUUUUAUAUGCUACCCCAGCAGCCAGGGGCAGCGCCGGAGGGGACCCAUCGCAUCGGUGGCGAAAAGUUGUACGUGCGCCCCCGGCAGCACGGGGCCACGCGGGAGGGGGUCCACGGUGGCGUGUCUAUAUCCCGCCAGCCGCAAGGAGUCGCGCCUGAGGGGGUCCGUGGCGUUGGCAGCAGGGCCAGGGGCGUGUGUAUUAGCCCGGAGCGAGAAGGUCGGGCCUCGCCGGUCGGGAGGCGGGGCGAUGGCCACCGCGGCAGCGACGGCGGCGUUGCCGGUGCCGGUGUUGGCCGGGUCAGGGACGACUACGUGAUGGUGUCGCCGGAUCGCCCGCCCCCGGUUCCUCAGCCUCAUUACGGUCCAUACAGCAGCCGAUGACAGGGCACUCGAGAGUAGGUGUCAAAGACGACGAGAUAUUCCGGCGGAGAGGGUGGGGUGGCAUAGGGGCUUGUUUCGGUAGAGGUCUUGUUCUUAUUUUUUUUAGCUCUCAUGGAGAGUGCGCGCGCGUGGUGGGUGGGUUGUACUCUCUAACGCUUUCAAGUGACGGGGGACGCGAGCAGUCGGAAGGGCGCUGGGGAGGCGGCGUACGCUUGAAAUCCCUGCGCGAAAACAGAGGGGCAGUGGUUCGGUCGCCGUACUACGAACACCGACUGCUGCACGGAUUCUGUCGAGGAGGCGGUUUACAUGAUAUUCUGACUACUUCCAAGGUAUAUAUAUUUUUUUGUGAGCGUCGUCCAGGUCUUUUUGUGUAAUUUUGGGCGCCCUUAUCGGCGGCGUUCUCUGAAGUUUUGUUUUCGCCAGGCGUCCGUGUGCUAAUAAUACAUUAUACAUGAAUCGUUGUUUUUCUCGGCGAUAAGCUUGGUUGCCUGUAAUUGUUGUAGAAUUUUCCGGCGCAUUGGUGGUAAGUUGGAACGCGCCUGCCGGCGAUUCCCCCCGAUAAUUUAUACGUGUACGACGUUUGUUUUCGUGUGGGAUUUUCGUUUUCGUUUUUUUAUUUUUCGUGUUUUGUACAAGAUCCCGGUUUUAUAGACUUACUCGCAGCAACAAGGUUUGUU